AUGCAAAGCACCGGGGACUUGCUGGUUCAUAGAUCACUUUGCGAACCUAGCGAAGAUUUCAAUGCUAAGAACAUAUCAUCUAUAGAACAAGAACUCUUUGACAAAUGGGGAGCUGCGAGGACUACUGGUCACACUGAUGUUGAAGAGGCGUUUGGGUUCCGUUGGAAGUUCGAAAUUAGGUGUAAUGCUUAUUUCAAGGGCCUUGACAGUAUGAAUUCAAAUACUAUGGAAAGUCUCUUGAACUGUUCGAUCAGUACAACAUGGAUGCGAUUCUUCGUCAAUCGAAAAUUGUUCCAGGAAACAGUUACUAGUUUAGAUGAUGAUGUUAUUUAUUUGGAUAAGAUCACCAUUUACUUUAACCAGAAUUUUAGCCCCAUUGAUCGAAUCGACAAAGAAGAUUCUCAGUUCUGUUCGAUCGAUAAGAUGAUUUACUACCGAGAUUCUGUGUAUGCAAUUAUUGUAUUAAUUCCAAGCCCUUUAACCUCUCAAAAAAAAAAUAAAUUUCAAAACAAAGAAUUCUUAAAUGAAGACAACCGGUUUGAAUACAACAUAUACUGA